AUGAAGCCAGCAGAUAAGAGCGAGUGGUUCCGCUCCGUGUCUUCUCAUAACUAUGAAGCAGUCAGGGCAAGCGUAGACCGAUUUCGUCGUUGCGUUGACAAUAAUGAUGAGACGGGCCUGAUGCUUGCGACGCGCACUAAUGACCUUGAAAUGGUGAAAGUUCUAGCUAAGUACGAGGCAGGAAGCUUCAACAAGAACUUCCAGACGGCACUAAUGAUUGCCGCAGCAAGAGACUACACCGAGAUUUGUAAGGUUUUGGCGCCUUUGGAGAAGCACGUAACGCUUCCCGAUGGACGUACGGCUCUCAUGCUCUGCGCAGCGGCCGGAAGUUAUGAUACUGUCAGAGCUAUUUGCAAGGAUUUCGGUGUAGAACGCGAUUCCUCGGAUUGGACUGCUCUCGAUCAUGCCUGUGCAGAAGGACAUCAUGACUGUGCAAAGGUGAUUGCCAGAUCACCAGCCUAUAACAUUGAGGACAUCGAUCGGGCGAUUGUGAUUGCAGAGUCCUUCGGGAACAAUGCCAUUGCGGAUGCGCUGCGAGAUAUCAGGAAUGAUCUAGAGGCCAAGAUCCGGUCUUGCAAGCGCUGCCAGGAGACCUCUAUAGAGCUAAGGAUUCUUGAGAAGGAGAACAGGCGCCUCCACGAAAAGGUCCAGGAGCUCGAGGACAAGGCUCUAGAGUUGGCCAGCCAGGUUGAGACUGCUAGAAGUAAGACGGGGCAACGUGGCGAUAAUGUGCCUAAUUCUCUCGAGCUUAUGUAUGAGGUUGCGAAACGUGAUCUUGAAGACAAAUGUCGAGAAUAUGAAAAUUUAAAAGAAGACUUCGUUACGCUACAAAAUGAAUACCAGGAUGUGCGGAACCAGCUACGAAUCAUGUCAGAGAGCGUGGAGGAGCUGACUAAUCCCAAUUCAAAGCUUGCGAAACGCAUGGGGAUCCGCGAUGAACGUGAGGAGGAACUCCUGCGCCUCAAAGCAGAAAAUGAGAGACUUGACGAAGAGGUCGAGAAGCUUCGCAAAUACAUAGACGAGGACGUUGUUUCCACAACGCUUUUCAAUUCCGUUGAGCAGAAUCUCAAGAAUGUCAUAAACAUAAAAGACCAAGAAAUAUCAAAGCUCGAGGAGAAAAUUCAGCAGAAUUUCGUGGACGUUGAGGCACUGGAGCGCAAGGUUCUCGAGGCGCAACAUAUUAAAGAGCAGCUUUUGAAGUUACAAAAUGAACACGCCGAGGCGCGCAACGAGACAUUUGUUCAAAACGAGGCAAUACUAGAGCUUAAGGACGAGCUUGCUCGCUACAAGUCUUCUGAUGGGCGCACGGCUAAGCAGCUUGAGGAUGAAGUUGCGGAGCUUCGUGCCCUCCUAGCAAAUAAAUCAGAGGAGUUCGAGCACCUCAAGUCGGAUAUGUACGAGGUCAUAGCGCACACAACCAUGGCGGCAGGCAAUGAAGACGCACUCAAAAUGCAGCUCUCAGAGAAGGAAAAGCUUAUACAGGAGCUGGAAGUGAAGCUCAACACUAGGCGCGCAGAGUGCGAGCGGCUCCAGCAGAAAAACCUCGAUCUCAAUGACGACCUGACCUAUCUUGCCGAGGAGAUGUCCAAGGCUCAGGGCCCAGAUGCUCCUGGUCUCGAGAGCAUUGUGGCGUCAUCUAGGAUAGGCGCAAAUAGGACCGGAAGCAUCGGCGGGACGCGAUCAUUUGUGGGUGGGCACCCUGGCGUCAAUACGACUCUAGGUGGGAACACAAUGGGCUUCACGCGCGAGCUGGAUGAGUCCCUGCGUGCGUCCUUUGAUGCUAAUGCAUCGGCAGCCGAGGUAGACAUUACAUCGGAGACCCUCCUGAUGAAGGCUGCUGCGGCGGGUGAUGUUCAAUCAGUCAGAAAGUUAAUAUACCAGGCAGGCUCUGCUAACAAUCUGGGCAAAACCGCAAUGAUGUACGCAGCUGAGGGUGGCCAUGUGGAGUGCGUUCGAGCACUGAUGCUCAAAGAAGCGCGCAUGCAGGACGAUGAAGGCCGAACCGCUCUCUUCUAUGCAAGCUGGCACGGGCACACAGAGGUAGCUCGUCUUCUUGUUGAUCGAGAGGCACGUCUGGUGAAGAAGAACGGCUACUCAAGCUUGAUGGUGGCUGCAGUUCAUGGUCACGUAGAUAUUUGCAAGAUCCUGCUUGCCAAGGAGCGAGGCCUUUACACAAAUAAGGCGUUCCGUCACGGAGCCGGUCAUACUGCUCUCAUGUGUGCUGCGGAUUGGGGCGAUGUCGAGUGUGUUAAGCUGCUUCUCUCUGCAGAGGCGCACAUGCGCGACCGGGCGGGUCGCAUGGCCUUCAAUUUUGCCAAGACGGAGGAAGUUAGAAAUAUCAUCAGCGACUUCAUCAACCGCAGCCAUAUUGAAGUUGCUGACUGUCCACGAACCACAACCGACGGGUUGCACCGCAAGAUUCUUGAACGCAAUGAGUACGAUAGACCCGAUGACUACAAGGAACAAAUCGAGCGAAUUGUCCAGGGCUCAGGGGCUACUAGCUAA